UGGGAGAGAGCGUAAAGAAUUUAUGUAUAUUAUGGAAACACUGCAAAUACUGAAAUUAUUUUUAAAAUGAUUCAGAUGAACAGAUUCUUUACUUCAUUACACGAAUGACACGAUGGUUAGUUAAAACAUAAUGAGAUAUAAAACAGAAUUAUUUAUAGAGCAAAACAUGGUGAAAAUGAUUUUAUAUAUGGUGGUAUUGUGCUGUAUACAGCAGACAAUAUAUAAAUUUCGAGUGUAAAGUUAAACUUCCAACCAUCCGUAAAUUCCAAAAUGAGAUUAGCAAAAGAGACAAAUAAGAUGCGUAUUGGCCCUGAGGCAAGGUCUGUGAGUUGAGAAAGGCUUUCAUCGACUUAUCUUACCAACAUCGAAUAAUCUCGUGUAUCGAAAGAUGAACAACACAACUCUUCUCGAAAAUACGACGAGUUCAGUGCUGGAACAGGAGGCCGAGGCUGUCCGUCAUCCACUGUACAUCGUCCUCCCUGUGACUCUAAUCUAUUCCAUCAUCUUCCUGACUGGAGUUCUGGGCAACGUCAUCACAUGCAUAGUGAUCUCAAACCAUAAGUCUAUGCAUACCGCAACAAAUUACUAUCUCUUCAGUCUGGCCAUAUCUGAUUUGCUGCUUCUGAUAUCAGGUCUUCCUCAAGAGAUGUACAACACAUGGUAUACAUGGAGUAAUCCGUAUCCAUUUAAUAAAACCAUGUGCAUACUCCAGGGAUUCGCCGCUGAGACAUCCGCCAACGCUACUGUCCUCACGAUUACAGCCUUCACAGUGGAAAGAUACAUGGCCAUUUGUCACCCAUUCCUGUCGCACACCAUGUCGAAGCUCUCCCGAGCAAUUAAGUUCAUCUUGGCAAUUUGGGUGCUUUCCAUGUGCAUGGCCAUGCCACAGAUUUGGAACUUAGGCUUAACAAAGGAACAAUAUUGUAUGCCGAAGGAGGAAUCUUCCAAACACAUUUUCCUCAUUUCCACCGUGCUUGUUUUUGCCUUUCCAAUGGUCGUCAUAACCGUGCUGUAUGUGCUGAUAGGAUUACAAUUGAGGAAGUCUAAAGUUGUGACAAGAGGUACAGUUGCUGGCAGCAGUGUGAGAUUGAAGAGCAGCACAUUCAAGCGGAGAGCGCAACAAACAAUCAUUACGACUGUUGAUCACCAGCACUCUCCACUCACGAUGAAGUCGCUCCAAACGCAGCCAAACAUGAUGCCGUACCAAUUUCCUGAGGCAACAGAUGGACUCGGUGGCAACGGAAAUCUUCCUGACCUAAACUCGCACAAGAAUCCCACGAAUGGGGCGGUGGACGAGGAGGGCAGGAAGAACUUCUCAACCCGCUCGCAGAAUUACGCUUCCAGGCAUGUGGUGAAUAUGCUAGUGGCCGUUGUCGUGGCAUUCUUCAUAUGCUGGGCUCCUCAGCAUUCCCAGCGUCUCUUCUCUACCUACGCUCAGGAGAACAACAAUGAGCAAGUAUACAUAACUAUCUAUCAAACAAUGACUUACACGUCUGGCAUCCUGUACUACCUAUCAACGUGUAUCAAUCCAUUUCUCUACAGUAUAAUGAGUUAUAAAUUUCGGGAGGCCUUCAAGGAGACCAUCGCCUUCUCCCUCCAUCGACGCUCAACACGUCCCGGGCGCCAAGAUGACUGCAAAUCAACAUAUCAAUUAUGUUCGUUGGCAAAUCAUUCAGACGGUUUUGUUUGUUCAAAUCACAGGCGAAGACGUUUGGAGAGUGUAUAGAUAAACAUCACGAA